UCUAGUUCCUUCACAGGCCAUGGGAUCUCCAGGUAUGAGCUCAGGAAUGAUUAGUUCUUCCAGGGGAAAUAUGGGACUUAUGACACCGCAAUUAAUACCGGCUGCACCAAUAGAUAUGUACUCCACUAACUCCCAACCUAGGAUACUACCAAACGCCAACUGGUUUGCGUAUCCAAUUUACCCUCAAUGCCCUGUACCACUACCAAUGGACAACCUAGUUUAA